GAGAGAACUGGGUGGGGAAGCUCGGGGCUCCCGGGACGCGAGAGAACUUGGCGGUACGCGGCUAAGGCAGUCAGGGGCGGGGCGGCGCGAAGGGGGUGGGGCGUGCGGAGGCCUGGACGGCGCCCGCAGAGUGCAGUGAGCCCAGCCGAGCUCUGAGUAUCAAGCACGCUCUGCGCCCCGCACCCCACUCCCGCAGCCCCGGAGCCCCCGCCCCGCGCCCACCAUGCCGGAGCAGCUCAGCGUCGCAGAGUUCCUGGCCGUCACCGCCGAGGACCUCAGCUCCCCGGCCGGGGCCGCCGCCUUCGCCGCCAGGAUGUCCCGGUGCCGGGGGGCAGCACUGGCGCGGGAGGAGAUCCUGGAAGGAGACCAGGCCAUCCUGCAGAGGAUAAAGAAGGCUGUGCGGGCCAUCCACAGCUCUGGCCUCGGCCACGUGGAGAACGAGGAGCAGUACCGAGAGGCCGUGGAAUCCUUAGGCAAUAGCCACCUGUCCCAAAACAGUCAUGAGCUGUCUACCGGCUUCCUGAACUUGGCCGUGUUCACCCGUGAGGUGGCUGCACUCUUCAAGAACCUGGUUCAGAACUUGAACAACAUUGUCUCCUUCCCGCUGGACAGUCUGUUGAAGGGGCAACUGAGGGACGGGCGGCAGGAUUCCAAAAAACAGCUGGAGAAGGCGUGGAAGGACUUGGAAGCCAAAAUGACCAGGCUGGAGAAGGACAGGGACCGGGCCAGGGCGACAGGAGGGAACCCUGGGGAGGUGGCCCAGGACACACACAGAGAGCGGCGCGUCUUCCAGCUGCACAUGUGCGAGUACCUGCUCAAAGCCGGGGAGAGCCAGAUGAAGCAAGGCCCCGACUUCCUGCAGAGCCUCAUCAAGUUCUUCCAUGCCCAGCACAACUUUUUCCAAGAUGGCUGGAAGGCUGCUCAGAGCCUGUCCCCCUUCAUCGAGAAGCUGGCAGCCUCGGUACAUGCACUGCGCCAAGCCCAAGAGGAGGAGCUGCAGAAGCUAACCCAGCUCCGGGACUCCCUCCGAGGGAUGCUGCAGCUUGAGAACAGAGAGGAGAGCACGAGCCGGAAGAACUCAGGGUGUGGCUACAGCAUCCACCAGCACCAAGGCAACAAGCAGUUUGGGACGGAGAAGGUGGGCUUUCUGUACAAGAAAAGUGAUGGAAUUCGAAGAGUCUGGCAGAAGAGGAAGUGCGGAGUCAAGUACGGCUGCCUGACCAUCUCACACAGCAUGAUAAACCGGCCCCCGGUGAAGCUGACCCUGCUGACGUGCCAAGUGAGGCCGAACCCCGAGGAGAAAAAGUGCUUCGACCUGGUGACUCACAACAGGACGUACCACUUCCAGGCGGAGGACGAACAUGAGUGUGAGGCGUGGGUGUCAGUGCUGCAGAACAGCAAGGACGAAGCUCUGAGCAGCGCCUUCCUCGGGGAGCCCAGCGGCUGCCCGGGGCCCUGCGGGGGCGCUGGGCUGGACGGGGAGCUCCAGGACCUCACCAAGCUGCUCAUCGCGGAGGUGAAGAACAGGCCCGGGAACGACAGCCAGUGCUGCGACUCCCCCGCGGAGCUGCAGCUGCCCUCCCUUGCAGACCCCACGUGGCUCAGCACCAACCUGGGCGUGCUCACCUGCAUCCAGUGCUCUGGCGUCCACCGCGAGCUGGGCGUGCGAUUCUCGCGCAUGCAGUCCCUCACCUUGGACCUGCUGUGUCCCUCCGAACUGUUGCUGGCCUUGAACAUCGGAAACACACGCUUCAAUGAGGUCAUGGAGGCCCAGCUGCCCUCACAUGGUGGCCCUAAACCCUCAGCUGACAAGAGUGCCCGCAGGGACUAUAUCGUGGCCAAGUAUGUGGAGCACAGGUUUGCCCGGCGGUCCACACCCGAGCCUCAGAGACUCUGGAUGGCCAUUUGUAACCGGGACCUCCUGUCAGUCCUGGAGGCCUUCGCUAACGGGCAGGACUUCGGACAGCUGCUGCCGUGACCUGGGGGAAACUCAGAGGUGUGGACGUGUGUUCAGGCACCCGGAGAGCUGGCCCUGCACUUGGCUGUCAGAGUCGCCACCCAGGCCUCCCUGCCCCUGGUGGAUUUCAUCGUUCAGAAUGGCGGUCACCUGGACGCCACAGCUGCCCAUGGGAACAGUGCCCUGCACUACGCUGCUCUCUACAACCAACCCGACUGCCUCAAGCUGCUGCUGAGAGGAAGGGCUUCCACUGGCACAGUGAACGAUGACGGAGAGACAGCUCUGGACAUAGCCAGGAGGAAGCUGCACAAGGAGUGUGUGGAGCUGCUGGAACAGGCCCAGGCUGGGACCCUCGUCUUCCCUCUGCACGUGGACUACUCCUGGGGAAUUUCUGCAGAGCCUGCCUCUGACAGUGAGGAGGAGGAAGAGGAGAAGGGCUGCCCUCUGAAGGCCCCGGCCCCGCUCCACUGCACCAGCGGGAGGAUGGACAUCAGCAACAAGACCUACGAGGCCAUCACCAGCCUGGGAUCCCCUGCCCCUCAGAGCCAGAGCGAGGACUGCCCCCCACCCUUACCGGUCAAAAACCCUUCUCGGGCCACGGUCCAAGGCCGCACAGGACAUACCAGUGGAGAUCAUUCCGAAGCCCCCAGCCUGAGCUCAGAGCCUCCUGGGCCCCCCGAGAGCCAGGGCAGUCCCACGUCCUCCACCUCUAGCCUUACCAGCCCCGUGGAACUUGGGGGUGGCACCCAAACCCCACCCAGCUCUGAAGAGGGCACCUUGGAAGCCCCGAGCACCUCCCGACCCAGCCUGACACCUGGAACCGCCCCUGCGGAGACAUGCGCCCCUGUCAGGUUCAGCUCCGAGAGCACUCGCUCCUAUCGGCGGGGGGGCGCCAGGAUGGAAGAUCACCCCUCAGCCAGGCAGCCCCUACCCAGAAGGAGCAUGCCAGUUGGCUUCACUGAAGGAGAAGGCUUAAGAACCGGGGUUUGCCCAGAAAGUUCUGUGCAGCUCUUGCAAGACUAGCUCCUCGCUGGCCCUUGCCUACGUGGACCACCAUCUUGCUGGACCCCGACGAUCAGAGCUGGGACUUGAGCCCACCAGACUGGGGAGCCGAGGUGUUCAUUUCUCUGGGUCUUGCUCUCUCUGUCCCUGUGCCCCUGUGGCUGGCCUGCCUCCCUGCCGCGGGCCCCCGCCCCUGCCGACGACACCACGUUCCGGCUGAUGGUGGUCCUUUCCCUUCUAUCUCAUUAACCUCGCCCCCGCUGGUACAGGGGGCCCUUUGGCUGGGUCUGAGUGCCCCUGAGCUUGCUUCCACUGCAGCCCCUCAGCCCCCCACGGGACCAAGGCUCUGCUUCCUCCUUCAGUCUGGGGGUGUCCCAAGAAUAGGGCCAGCCUGCCCUCAUCAUCCUCCAGACCAGGGACCGUCUUCUUGUCCAUGCAUCAGUGUUUUUCUCCUGAGUUCUGGCUCUGGGUCCAGACCUGUACUAGGCGCUGCAGAUGCCACAUGGAUGAGACGAGGGCCCCACAGACGUGGUCCCUGGCUGGGACACUGGUCCCAGGGCUGAGCUAGGGAAUGGGCACAGCAGGUGGUUUGGGGAUCGGGGCUGGCUGAUGCGACACUGCAGCUGUCCACAGCCCGUAUGCAUUCUGGCCGGUCUGUGUCCCGGCCGCCCUUACUGCCUGUUGACUAAACAUUCUGAGUGUCACUCCUUAUCAGGGACAGGACAGCCCUCCUGGGACCCCUACCAUAUUCCCAGCCAAGAAGCAGAGUAGGACUCACCCGUGUUGCCGGGUCUCCUUGACUUAGCAGGGCGCGUCCUGGGCGAUGGCUUCUCGCUUCUCUCUGCUUUCUCUUGGUUGACUUGGGAGCCUUCCAGCCUUGGGAAGGAAGGGUGAGGACAGGUGACAGGACACUGACAGGGAUGGGAGGGCGGAGACGAAACGGUUCUGCCUCCCAGUGCCCGAAGUUCCACCAGGCCUUCAGCCGCCUAUUAGAAAACAGGCCCACGAAGGCCUCAUCAGGGUCUAACUCCCCCGCAUUAAAGCGGCCGACGGGCCAGGCCAUGGAGGGGAGGCCAGACGGUGGCAGUGGCCGGCCAGCACUGUGGCCAGGCGCUUGCCCUGGAGACCCGCCUGCUCUAUGCUCCCCGGCGGCAGAGCUGUCUUCCUGCCCCCCAGGGGCCCACACUUGUUCUUCCAUUCAUCUCUAAUAAAAAAAUGUCUUUUCUUUUC